UUCCCCUAUCGCUUCUAACGAACGCUAGGAUUGGCCGCCGUGAAGCUGUCUGCAAAAGGCGGCAUCAAGCAAAAACCGCACUCUUGGAGCCCUGGAACCGGCCGCCGCUGCUGCUGCUCUGCCUUUUUGUGAUGGAAGCAUCCUUGAACGCUUAUCGAGAUGAACAACCUCCUUUGCAGGCUGAAAAUUUCUGUAGGAAACAUGAAAAGAACAGCAAGUUGUCAGGAGUAAAAAUAGAUAUUGAAAAACUUUAUGAAGCAGUGCCACAGCUUGUAAAUGUGUUCAAAAUUAAGGAAAAAAUUGGAGAAGGUACUUUUAGUUCAGUUUAUUUGGCCACAGCCCAGCUACAAGCAGGAUGUGAGGAAAAAAUGGCUUUGAAACACCUAAUUCCAACUAGUCAUCCUCUACGAAUUGCUGCUGAACUUCAGUGCCUUACAAUAGCAGGGGGGCAGGAUAACGUUAUGGGAGUUAAAUAUUGCUUUAGAAAAAAUGAUCAUGUAGUUAUCGUUAUGCCAUAUCUGGAACAUGAAUCCUUUUUGGAUGUUUUGAACUCUCUCUCUUUUGAAGAAGUACGAGAAUACAUGUUUAAUCUGUUUAAAGCAUUGAGGCGCAUUCAUCACUUUGGUAUUGUUCACCGUGAUGUCAAGCCCAGUAACUUCCUGUACAACAGGCGGCUGAAAGAGUAUGCCCUAGUAGAUUUUGGUUUGGCACAAGGAACCCCUGAUACGAAAAUAGAACUACUCAGAGUUGUCCAGUCUGAAAGCCAACAGGAAAGUUGCUCACAAAAUAAGCCUCACCUAACCUUGGGAAACAGGGUUUCUGUCAAUGUUACAGCAUCUAGACAGAUAGCUCAACAGUCAGCCUCAAAAACAUCUGAUAAAUGGUGCUGCUCGCUUUCACAAAUGCAGAUUAAACAAGGAAAAGAAGGAAAGGAGGGGUCUGCGCACCAUUCUGUCCAACGCUCUGUCUUUGGAGAGAGAAAUUUUAAUAUUCAUAGCUCCACAUACCAUGAGAGCCCCACAAUAAAAGUCAUAAAGCAAUCAAAGGUGAUGGAUGUUGCAUCUAGAAAAUUAGCAACAAAGAAGAUUAUUUCUACAAAAGCAGUGAACAAUGGUGUAGCCAGGAAAGCUGCCAACAGUUGCACAGCUAUCUUGACCUGUGACUGUUAUGCAACAGAUAGAGUUUGCAGUGUUUGCCUUUCAAGACGUCAGCAAGUUGCUCCUAGGGCGGGUACACCAGGAUUCAGAGCACCAGAGGUGUUAACUAAGUGCCCUACUCAGACUACAGGCAAAUCAAUACUGUGUACUAAAGAAGUCCCAGCACAGGAUUUAAGAACACUCUGUGAAAGACUGAGAGGAACAAAUAGCAGCUGUGCUAAAUCAACAAGCGAUGUGCACACCAACUCUUUAUAUGAACCUGCUUUGGCAAUUGACACAGACAAAAAGGUGGAGUUUGCUCCCCAACCACCUGGGGAAAAAAUCCAGCAUCUGAAGAACUGUCAUGAAGGUAACAAUGGCUUGGAAAUUAAGAUAACAGAAAAGGCAACUGAUUUGAAAGGAUGGGACAGAGUUCCUGAUGAGGCUUAUGAUCUACUUGAUAAGCUACUGGAUCUAAACCCAGCUACAAGAAUAACUGCAAAAGAGGCUUUGCUGCAUCAUUUUUUUAAAGAUAUCAGACAGUGAGAAGACACCUGAUUCCAUUAUUUCCUUGAUCUUUGCUUCACAUGAAAAUAUCAUACAAUAUAGUUGAAUUUCAGAUGCUCACUUUGAGUGUAUUUAUCUUCAUGGCAUGUAGUGAUCGGCUUUUCUUGUACUGUGUGGAAGAGGUUUCUGAAAAAUUGCCGGAAAUAUGUUUCUGGUGGAGGAAGGUUGGCAUCAUGGAUUGGUAGUAGAAUACAGAGCAUUUCACCUUUUUAAAUCACAAUUUCAAGUCCAUUUCUUGUUACUAGUGAUGGAAACCUUUUCUGAUGGCUGUUCAGUGGCCUAUGUGAAGUGAAUUUAUGGUUGUAGUCCAACUGUAGAAGACAAGUGUUCACAUUACCAAAACCCUUCCUUGCUGAAACUCCGAUACCAAAUACUGAAUAAGCAAGACAAGUGACAUACUUUCACACACGCCCCAGGUUAUUGCUGAAGCUCAUUGCUGAGGUGUGGGAAAGGUAGCUGUCUGUGCUGUACCUGUUCUAUGAGGAAAAGAAGGACGUAGUCCAAGGCUGUCAAUAAUAAGUUUCACAAGCACUAAGUUGACUUAUUUGUUUUUAAAUCUUCUAGUAAAAUUUAAAAUCUUUCCUAUAAAAUAGAAUACACAAAUGUAUGUUAAGUGUGGUUAUAAUAUGAGGAAAUGGAGUGUGACUUUUGGUUAACAUACAACGUUUAGUAUUCUGUCCACAUGCAUACAUCCCUUUCUUCUCUCCUUGUGAUCCAUUUACUGUCCAGCUUGUUGUACUUUUUGUAUUGGACAGCCUAGCUACAUUGCCACUGGCCACAAAUAGUCUAUCCAAGUCAUCCCCGGAGAAUACCUUUUUAUUUUUUUUAUUUUUAAAUUAACUGCUAAUCUAGGGGUCAGGUAUUGUUUUGACUGUGUAACCUCCAUAAGGGCAAGUGUUCCAAGAAGUAUACCUUCCCCACCCCACUUGGGCAGUGGGGAUUAACACAAUUGCUCUUAUUGUGCACAACCUGUACUUUCUCAACUAACGUAACAUGGGCAACUGUCAAUGCCCACCUCACUGAGUAGCUCAUUUGGCAUGUAUGCAUAUCAGUAUGACUGUUUUGGAAACUUGUAUUUUCACAAACUGUCCAUUAAAUAAAAGUUUUGCUUUUA